AUGAGACCAUUACUGUCGACGACGACGAGACGCGCGACGAGAGUCACGCUCGCAAUCGCCGCGAUUGGGUUACUCUCCCGCUCGGCGUUUUUGAAAUACUGGAUCGAGUACCAUCUUCAAGAAGAAGAAGAAGAAGAAGCGAAGAAGGAAUUGGCGAACGGAGAGACAGAGGAAAAGCUGACUCGGAUGAAAAGACGUCAAAGAAGAAGGCGGAGAAGGCGAAGGAAAAGAAAGACGAACGUGGACGAGGAGACGGAGGAGGAGGAGAGCAACCAGUCGUCGUCGGAAAAUUCUUCGUUUUCCUCGUUUUCUUCCGACGACGGUUCGUCCUCUUCCUCGGAGUACUCCUCCGCCGAGGACGACGAGUCGUCUUUCGCGUUGGCGAGAGAAGACGCUCUCGGCGGCGGGGAGACGAAAACGCCGAAACGGUUAGCAGCGACGACACCGCGGUUAGCGAAUACUAAUAAUACGAAAAAUGCAUCAUCUCGAAGCAACAGCGAGGACGAAAACUUCGAAACGCCGGUUGGGACGCCGAGAGCAGUGAAACGAGGCGCGACCAUGGAUAGGAUUAAAGAGGAGUGGAAGAAAGAAGGGAAAGAGAGCGGCAGUCACUUUGAGAGUUCGGACGCUUCGCAGACGAGUUUGUUCGAGUAUCGAAGAGCGGAAUCGGAAGGCGAUCGAGGGGAGAGUCGGAGUGGUCCGGGGGAGUAUUUAUCGCACACGACCGAUCCAAACUUUUUCGCCUCGACGAAGUUUUUCGCGUGUUUAGAGCUCGAAGAGUCGAGGGAACUGUUUGGAAUGAGCGAAGAGAUUGAGAUUGGCGCGAACCAGGUGCUCUUUCGGCAAGGCGAUGAAAGCCGGGACGGAAUUUAUGUCGUCGUUGAAGGUCAACUCGGGGUGUACGUGCAAUCAACGAACACGCGCAGUGGCGGCAGCGGCGGUGGCGACGGAAGCGCAUCGUCGCUGGUGAAAUCUUCGUCCAAGUCGAGCAGUCAUCAUCAUCAUCAUUCGGUGAAAGAUAUCCGGCGUUCGUUCGAUAGAGCCGGAUCACCUGGGUUGCCGAAUAUGGGGAGGAAUCAACAAGCCAGUCGAAUGAGUCGAGCAAACAGCUCGACGUCGCAUUCGAGAACAUCUUUGGAUAAAGAGCGUUCACAGACACCACCGAUGGGCGGCAUUCGCGCUGCCUCUCCGCUUCCUCCAAAAUCAUUUAGCAUAGGUCCGGCGCAUUUGACGAACAUCUUGAAUAAAGGCGAAUCUGUCGGUGACGUGGACGUUUUAGAUUCCGCGAGGCGGUCCGUCUCGUGCGUGGCGAUGAAGAACGGAGCGAAACUAGUUCGCAUUCGUCAAGACGUUUUGUUCGCGUUCAUUAGAAAGCACCCGAGAACGAUUCAGGUUUAUUUAGAACAAGCCAUCGCUCGAUUGUGGCGAGUCGCGAGAUUUACUUUGAGAGAUUUUCUCGAAUUGCCAAGAGACGAAGGCGACGCGGAGUAUUUAAGUCCCGGAGCAGAGGAUUGUUUGGUGUUGAAACCGAAGCCACCGAUGAUGCGCGCGCAGACUUCACACGAGAAGUUUUUUGAACAAAGCUCAGAUGAUGUUGAGAACGGAGGGUCGUUCCCGUCGACCGUUUCGGAGUCUUCUAAUUCGUUGGACGACGGUGCGAAAUCAAUUAACACGACGGAAACGCCCGAAGACGCCAAUCCAACGAACAAACUGUUAGUGAAUUACCAGGAAGAAUUAGAAAAAUACGCGGGCGGUAGAAAAACACUCUUGGCGAACGAGGUGUUCAUCACCCAACGCGAUAGUCAAACGAACGCGUAUUUCAUUCUUUUAUCCGGGACGAUGCGACGCGACGCGGUGCCAUGGCCCGAAGGCGACGGCGUCAUCGGUCCGGAAUUGAAAGCACCUCGUUUGGUUGGCGCGGCGCACGCAAUAACCGGUGCUAAGUUUGACGAAACCGUUCGUUGUUGCACGGAUUGUGAGAUUUUGUUGAUCACGCCGACGGUAUUACACACGUUGUGCGUUCACGCGCCAGAUGCGUUCAUUGCGUUACAAUUAGCGGCCUCGUGUUCUCUAAACAGGGCCAUUCGCGCUUUCAUCGCGGCUGGCUUAAAUCGCCAGUGGCUUUCUGCCGGUGACCAAGCGUUUCGUUCGGGCGUAGACGCGACGUCUAUGUACCUUGUCAUCUCCGGUCGCGUGUCUAUUUACAACGUCGCGUUAGGCGCCAUGCGGUACCGAAGUCGAGGCGAAACUAUCGGAGACGCGGCGAUGUUGUCGCAAACUGCGCACACAUCUACGGCCAUAUGCACUCGCGAUUGCGAAUUAGUGCGAAUGUCUCGGGCGAGCGUGCAAAUUAUAUCGGCCAAAUAUCCCGAAGUCGCCGGAAGAUUGUUAGAACACGUCGCUCGAAAGUUGGAAAUCAACCAGCGCGAUUUGAAAACCGGCGAACGAUAUCGUCCGGAAAUCGUGACCAUCGCCAUCGUUCCCGCGACAGACGCCGUGCAAACGACAAAGUUACCGAAAUUUGCCGCAAAGUUGAGAAACGCGUUGGAGAGGUUAGGCAAAGGGUCCGCGUUCAUUUUGGACGAAAAAGCCGCGGAAGAGGUUGUGCCGGAAGGCUUUCGUCGCGUAGAGACGGCAUUUUAUCGGUCCAAGUUAACGAGCUGGAUGACAAGAAUCGAAGAAGAACACCGAUUUGUUUUGUUCGUUGGCGAUAGAAGUGGGCAGAACGCGAGUAAUCGAUCGUCGUCGUCGAGUGGGUGGUCGAGAGUGUGCGUAUCUCAAGCCGAUUUAGUGUUGGUUGUCGCCGAAGGCGGCGCGGCGGCGUCGUUCGCGCCUUCCUCUUCCAUGCUUGAGAUGCAAUCGCAGUCAACUGGUAUGAGCGGUAAUAACGAAUACAAUACCAAUACUGGAAAUGUAUUCAUCGGUAACGGCGUCGAUCCAUCCCCAGCUGAGGCCAGGUUACUUUGGAAACGUCGUAAAAAGCGAAUCGUUCCGGUACCGUCAGCCUCCGAGGAGGAUUUUUUAAAUUACCAUAAAAUUACCAGUAAGAAAAAGAUACACCACCGACGCCAGCACAGCUACAGCAGCGACGCGAUGAAGCAAAAGAGCGACGAGAAUUUUGUCGAGAUUGAUAAUAAAAAUACCGCGAUUUUAGCGCAAAUCGAGUUGGUCUUAUUACACGCGAAAGGCGAAUCGCCGAAAAAUACGCGUAGAUUUUACGCCAACAGACCAGGUUUGCGCCGACACCAUCACUGCCGGUUGAGUUCCUACUCGGAUGCAGACGUCGAUCGAAUCGCAAGACAUAUCGCUGGUUGUGGCGUUGGCGUUGUCUUGGCCGGUGGCGGUGGUCACGGAUUAGCGCACUUGGGCGCGUUGAAAGCUCUCGAGGAUGAAGGCGUACCAGUCGAUGCCAUCGGUGGCGCGUCGCAAGGCACGUUAACUGCUGCACUUUACGCUCGAACGGCAAAUUCAACCGUCGUGAGCGCGCGAGUUCGAAAACUUGCAUCUUUGAUUGCCUCUCCUCGACGACUUCUAACCGAUUUAACGCCUCCGUUCCUCUCCAUCUUAACCGGCGAAACUAUCGACAAAUCCAUCAGAGAUAUGUUCGGCGAAAAGAUUGAAAUUGAAGACUUAUGGAUUCCGUUCUUCUGUUGCGCGACAAAUUUAACCACCGGUAAGUUGGUCUCGUGCACAUCCGGGACGGUGUGGCGGUACGCCCGAGCGUCGAUGUCCGUGCUCGGUUUCUUACCGCCUAUUGCGGAUGAGAUUACCGGAGAUUUGCUCGUCGACGGCGCGUACUUAAAUCCGGUCCCGGUGGACGUGUUGCGUAAAUUAUCGCGCGUGGAGUCGACGAUUGUUGUUGACGUGGAAGAUGAACACUACGCCGCGUUCAGAUCGUUGACGGCAAGAGAUGGUGGACUAGGCGGAUGGCGUUUACUCUGGGAACGCGUGAGCCCGUUCGCGCAGGCAGAAAAGCUUUGGCAGUCGAUCAAGAGUGGUAAGCGAGGGAACAAAUCCUCUUCGGAAUCGUUCAACGCGUAUUCGACGUCUUCGUCGGAAUCAGAAUCAGAUUCCUCUUCCUCGGAUGUUGAUGGAGGCAACACGAGAGGAGGUUCGACCCCCGCGCGAAGGAAAGGAGGAAAAUCAACAAAGAAGAAUAAGAAGAAUAAGAAAAGAUCUGUCUCGACUGCGACUACAAACGCCGCGCCGAACUACGCGACUCUUCUCGGCGCGUUACUCCGGGCCACCUCGCGACGCGAAGUUGCAGAAGCUGCAAAAGCGUGCGAGAUUGACGUUUACUUGCGUCCACCGGGAGUGCCUCCGUUCACCUUUCACACCGGUUUAACCGACAAGCGCACGGACGAUUUAAUACGACGCGCGCGAUUUAAAGCCGCCGAAGUCAUACGCAAGUGGCAAGAAACCAAACGCAUCGCGAUGAAAGACGACACGGAAAACACGUCGAUACAAGCGACGUCUUACUACGGCUUUUACUCGUCCACGACGCAAAAUUCGCAAGGAAGAUUAUCUGCCAUGCAGCCAAUCGUGACGACUUCUCCGCGAGGCGAAAGUCACGUCGCCCAAACUCCUCCGCGAGUUCCUUUCCACCCUUCUGCGAUGCAAACGCCGACAUUACACCCGUCACCUGCAACCACCGACUCUCCGCGUGGGCAGUAUCGACGCGCCUCGUUCGAGGACGUCGACGGCGAGGUCGACAGCGGCGUCGCCAUCGUCAGCGAACGCGCGUUCUUGAAACCCGCAAAAACGAAGGAGGACGAAGAAGCGGAAAGAACGGAAGAUAAAAAAAAGAGCAUCACUCCGGCUCGGCAAAUCAUCGACGGUAAAGCAAUCGUAAAACUCAGUGGUACCACCAACUUCGACGAAAAAGAACACGACGACGUUUUGGGGAAGAAGAAGACUUUGGCGGGAAAGUCGUCGUCAAAGUUGGAGACUGUGUAG